CACACCAGAUAAUUCCUCUCAUAACCGAAUCCUUAUCCUCUUCAACUUCUUCUUUAACUAUACAUACACCCUUUAUGUAUCUAUCUAUAUCUCCAUCAAAAAACCCUACACUCACUCUCUCACCUCUCAAUUAUUGCUGAAUGGAAUAUUAUUGUCUCUCAUCCUCCAUCAACAUCAACAACCUUCCGUACUCUUCUCCGAAUAAUAACAUUAACAAUCGUCGUUUCAACGGUUUAUCGGUGGUCAAACGGUGUCGUUCGAGAGUUGUGGUUGCCGCUGCGUGUGAUUAUGGCGGUUAUUGUGAGUUUAGUAGUUUGAAUACUCCGAUUGUGCCGGUGACGCCGGCCGGUAGGUUUUUGUCGAGUGUGUGGUUGAAUGAACGGAAGUCGUUUCAUGAGGCGGUUGCGGAGACGUUGGAGAAAUUAGUUGCGGAUGUUGAUGAGGCUUAUGUUCGUAGAGCGUUGACUGCUGAUUCGAGUGAAGCUGAUCUUCAUAGGAGGAUUGCUGACUUAAAAGCAAAGGAAUGCAAAACCUCUGUAGAAGAUGUCAUGUACAUGUUAAUCUUCUACAAAUUCUCAGAACUCAAAGUGCAUCUAAUUCCACCUCUGUCGAAGUGUAUAUACAACAACAGACUAGAAAUCCUGCCUUCAAAAGACUGGGAACUCGAAUCGAUUCACAGCCUCGAUAUCUUGGAGAUGAUACGAGAAUACCUAACAUUUGUUAUCGGAUGGAGAUCAGACUUUAAUGUAACCGAAACUUGGGCCACAACCAAAAUCAAACACGCCAAGCUUUGUCAAAUCUACACAGCAUCGAUUCUAUUCGGUUACUUCCUCAAAUCCACCACCAUAGAAAUGAGUCUCGUUGACCCUAUUGAUGACAUGAUCAUGAACUCAUACAAAUGCAGAAGAAAGAACUUGGUAUUCGGUCACAUGCAUAACAAGAUACCAACAUCACCGUUCGAUGGUACAAAGGAGCAAGAGAAGUUGAUUUCGUAUUUGACAGGAUUCACCUCUGACUCGUUAGCAAAAUGUGCUCAGCCGAAGUCGAAAGAGGCUUUGAAUUUAAUAACCAAACAUAGCUUUGCGCUUUUUGGUGAUGUUGAAUCUGAAAAUGUGUUGUCUACGUCGUUUGCUACCCUGAAAAGAUUAGUCUUGGAGGCGAUUGCUUUCGGUUCGUUUCUUUGGGACACAGAAGAGUAUGUGAAGACUGUAUAUACCCUUGAGGAGAUCAACUAAUUUUCAAGAACUCGGAAAUAUCAGAGCACUUCUGGUCUAGUAAGUUUUUGAGCGUUGUUAUAUAUUAGUGUUUAUAGUAUCAUCUGGUUUAAUCUUGUGUAGAUAUGAGCUUUACUUAUGGUACAUAUAUGUGUAUAUAAAACCGGUGAUGUUUUCAAGUAGUAUGCACGUUUCUUGAUUAUGAACUUAAAUCAUUUUGGCUUGUAAUUAGUGCAAAAUCAAUUUUUCGUC